AUGUGGUUGAUCGAGCACGGAGGUUACAAGUCGGUGAAAUAUAUUGGAGAAAGUCAGGUGGGACGACGUCGCCAGCUCGGUGUCUUCGUGGUGCUCGGACAGGCUGAGGGGCUGGGCGUCUGCGAAGUACCCGAGCGGGCUGAGGGGCUGGGUGUCUGCGAAGUACCCGAACGGGCUGAGGGGCUGGGCGUCUGCGAAGUUCUCGAGCGGGCUGAGGGCGAGCUGGUUGAGGGAGUUGACGCCUUCGAAGUACUCGAACAGGGUCAGGGACAGCCAGCCGGGGGACUUGGGGUCUUCGGCGUACUCGGGCCGGCUGGAGCAUUUGGUGUCUUCGAAGGAUCUGAGCCGGCUGGUUUCCGGCUAUUUGGUGGCUGA